UGACGAUAUGUCUUGUUUAAUUUUUUAAAGUUCAGACCACAACAUAUAUUGCAGCGAACCCUUUACAACACCUUGCACGUGCAGCAUCUAAGUUAGCAAAAUGUCAGGCGAUGAAAUCGAUCUCGAUAACAGAGACCCAAAUAAUCUGAACAGCCAUUUAGGGACUCUUCAUUUCAACGAUGUCCUAGGAGAACCUGACGGUACCCACAGUAUUGACUGCGUGUGGAAAAUGUCCCACGCCUGCUUCAAUCUGUGGAAAGGACUGUGCUACAAGAUCCUCACUCUGUGCUUUGGGUGCUGUAUCGCUGCUGAAUGGGGCUGCGAGUUCGCCAUCAUUGCCUUCUACCACGUCUGGUUUAUUACUCCUUGUCUGAAGAUUUUCGAAAUCAACUGCGGUCUUUGCCAACGAAUCUACACCAACUGCGUCAAUUGUUGCGUGGUACCUUGCUGUGAAGCCUUCGGAGGAAUGUUCCAUCAUUUCAAAAGCACGUGAAAAACGCCCAUAAUUAGAACAAUAUUUUGUUGAGAUAUUAAGUCAGAUGUUUCUGUUGUUUUGUCGAAAUAUGCAUUCACUAUCUGUAUUUCUUUUGGAUAUUUUCGUAAUGUUUACUGGUUUCUUUUCGAACACAUUAGAAUCACAAAUUGACAAAAUAAUAGAUAAAGCUAUACUCUUUUUUAAACUGUUUAUUAGCUUCACAAUGUUUAUCUCUCUUAAAUGUAAAAUAAAUUUUGUUGCGAUAUUUUACUUCCAUUGUAAUUCUUUAAAAGAAGUAGAAAGAAGGAAGAUAAUGCAU